UUGUUUUAUUCUUGUGUUAUUAUCGGGUCGUUACUUUCUAAUUGACUGAAUUUAAACGCAGUAGAAUACUGACAAUCAAUGAAAGUAUUUCUUUCAUAGUAUUACUGAUUCAUACAUCAAAGCAAGAAAAACAGUAAAUUCAUGUACUUAAGUAAAUAUAUCUGAAAACAACUUGCACAUGCAAACUUAUACCUCAUAAACGGAAUGAUAUAAUCACCCAAUCAGAAAAUAAAAUAAAAUUAAAGACAUGUUAACUAUUACAGAAGAUUAUUUCUUUCUUUUCUGUCACCAGCUUAUACAGAUGGUUCCACAAUCCUUAUAUAAACAAACAUUAACAAUAGACAUUAACAACAUCCACGAUUAACAAACAAGUUUCAUCGAAUCUUAUAAUCAUCUCUUCAAACCAAAAAAAAGAAAGAGAAUGGAAAGCAAAAGAAUGACCAUAAUGUUCAUUACACUAAUGAUAGUGAUGAUAAUUGGGAACUUUGUGGUUCAAGCAGAAGCUCAAGCGCAAACUUAUCCUUUUAGAAGCUGUUUCCCGGGUUGUAUUGUGAGUUGUGCCAUCGAGAAGAAGUUUCCAACUGGUUUGAUGUGUCCAUUCACUUGCUUCAUGACUUGUCUUCCUCCUCCAACAUCAAAUACUCCUUCUCCUACGUCACAAAUGAUUUUGGCAAACGAAAUCGAUCAUACUGAUUAUUUCUGUAAACUUGGUUGUGCUAGUCAUCGUUGUCUUGCUCUUUCUUCUCUCCAAAAUCCAAAUGUAGACAAAGUUGUGGAUUGUGUGGAUUCAUGUUCAAACAGGUGCUCCGGCAAGAACUAGAAGAGACUUUAUUAAAUGUUCUUGUUAAGAUAAAAAAGUUCACUGUCUGAGUAUCAAAAUAUAUGAGUUAGUGUAGUUUGUAAAACUACAAUAUUCAAUCCAAAUAAAUAUGUAUUUCCACAUUGAAAUUAUUUGUGUUACAAGCAAAUCAAUAGAUGAAAAUACUGAAAAAAUGAUAAAAAGAGAGGAUGUUUGAAAUUAUUGGGCCAAUUUAUAUAAUUGUAAUAUAUAAUGAAUACUUCCCUCUACUGUAUGCAAUAGAAUCUAUCGACAAGAAUAACAAUAUAUCUUUUCUUGUCGAGUAUGUACUCAUCUACGUAAAUCUCAGAUCCCGAUUACAAAUGGUAACUUGCAGUGGAAACUGUAAUGUUGGCUCUUAUAUAGGAUCCAAUAAUUUGCAUUCCAGUCAGUUUCUACAACUUUGAUGCAAUUUAUACAGCAGUU